AUGACUUCAUUGCGCUGGCAAACCCGUGAUGAGGAAACGGGCGACAGAAUCGUGAGCGGAAACCGACCUAGCGAAGACACGGAGACCGUUGUCAAGGAACUACGGCGUUCCGCCAGUCGUAGCCGGAGGUCAAUUGACCUAAACACGGCUCUCCCGAUCCAGUACCGCAGCUUAUCGCUUGACAUUGAAGAAGCGCAGAGAAAUGAACGUCGCGGCUUGGCCAAGGCAAAAGACGCCACCGUUUUUAAAUUUGAGACGAUCGACUGGCACAAGUUAUCGCCCAAAGAUGUCCAGAAGCGCCUCACUGUCGAUACUACCCAGGGCCUAUCAAGCCAAGAUGCCCAAGAACGACUUCGAAAGCAUGGCAAGAACAAAAUCUCGCCGCUUCCCAACCCGUGGCUGUGGAAAAUCCUAGGCUACUUUUUCAAGGGCUUCGGGUCCAUUCUGUUCGUCGGUGGUAUCCUGGUGUUUGUUUCAUGGAAACCACUGGGCCAUCCUCCAGCGCUCGCAAACCUUGCAUUGGGAAUCGUCCUCAUCGCCGUCUUCGUCAUACAAGCAGCCUUCAACGGCUGGCAGGACUGGUCUUCGUCUCGCGUGAUGCAGUCAAUUACGGAAAUGCUCCCCGAGUCAUGCAAUAUCAUUCGCGACAAUAAACGAAUCCAGGUCAGCGCUGCCGACAUUGUUCCUGGCGACAUUAUCUUGAUCAAAGCCGGAAAUCGAAUCCCUGGUGAUGUACGAUUUCUUGAAGUCUCGCAUGAUACUUCCGUCGAUCGUGCCGUCCUUACUGGAGAAUCGAAGCCCGUCAAAGCAACUAUCGAGUCGACGGAUGAUAACUAUCUCGAGACCCGCUGCAUCGGGCUUCAAGGUACUCACUCAAAGUUAACCGGCAAGCCGAAGAAGGGAUUGACCACAAUGGAGAAGGAUAUCCUUCGAUUUGUUGUCCUGAUCUUCAUCAUCAUGAUGACCUGGAUUGUCAUUGUGGUUGCUGUUUGGGGAGGAUGGCUUCGCAGGGAACACCCCGAAUGGAUCAGCGUGUCCGCUCUUAUAGUGACCUGCGUUAGUGUUGCUAUUGCCUACAUUCCAGAAGGCCUUCCGAUCGCCGUUACAUCCAGCUUGACUAUCACAGCAAAUCUGAUGAGGAAGAACAAGAUUCUAUGCAAGUCCCUGAAAACUGUCGAGACUCUUGGGUCGGUCUCUGUCAUUUGCUCUGACAAGACCGGAACUCUAACAAAGAACAAAAUGUUUGUCUCCGAUUGUUCACUUAACAUCAGGGCUUUCUCCGCUGAAUCGGCCGAAGAGGACGUGAAGGGCAAGGGGGAAAAUCCAGGUCUGAAACAGAUCCGGGCAAUGACAGGGCUGUGCAAUUCUGCCGAUUUCGACACAGAUUCCCAGUCGACACCCCUCAUUGAUAGACAUAUUUUCGGGGACGCUACAGACCAAGCUGCCUUACGCUUCUCUGAGAGUUUGGGAUCGAUCUCAGAGUUGCGCGCCCAUUGGAGCUUGGUUUUCGAGCUGGCCUUUGACAGCAAGAACAAAUUUAUGGCUAGAGCGUUCACGAUCAGUGAGCCCCAUGGUGUCUCUACGUGCCUACCAGCUCGAGAGGCGGAGAAAUUUAAGCCAGGAAGCAUUCUCUUGACCGUCAAAGGAGCCCCCGAUAUCCUCAUUGAACGGUGUACCAACAUUGUCUUGCCGGAUGGCAAUGUAAUUCCUCUGACAGAAGCUGGUUGCAAUGCCGUCAAACAGUUAAAGGAUCAAUGGUCUUCCGAGGGUAAACGAGUUAUCUUGUUAGCGCGCAAGAUCCUACACGAUGAAGAGUCAAUAGCGCCUGCGGAUCCCGAGACAAAAAUGCUAGAUGAAAUCCGAAGUGGGCUUACUCUAGUCGGUUUAAUUAGUAUCAUCGACCCGCCCCGGCCCGAGAUCCCCGGUGUGGUCUCGACCUUGCGUGGAGCGGGCAUUCGUGUCUUUAUGGUUACUGGCGAUUAUGGAAUGACUGCUUUGGCAAUUUCUCGCCAGUGCGGCAUUGUCACUGCCAACGUGGUUCAUGAGAGUUCGUCCCUGCAACGGUUCGCCUCGAGCAAAAAUACAUCGGCAGCAUCACCUCGCGAUGCGGCGUUACUUCUCACCGGAGCAGAUCUCAUGAGCUUAAAUGACUACCAAUGGGAACAAGUCUGCGCGUAUCCGGAGAUUGUCUUCUCUCGCACGACCCCGGACCAGAAACUGCGUAUUGUGCGCGAAUUCCAAAAGCGUAGGCAGGUCGUCGGUAUGACAGGAGAUGGAGUAAACGAUGCCCCGGCGCUCAGGGCCGCAGAUGUUGGUAUAAGUCUAGCCAGCGGCUCUGACAUUGCUAUCGAAGCUGCCGAUAUGGUACUGCUAGAAUCGUUUGCCGCAAUCGUCGAGGCGGUCAGAUAUGGUCGCGUCGUCUUUGACAACCUUAAGAAGGUCAUUGCCUACCUCCUCCCAGCCGGGUCGUUUUCGGAAUUUUGGCCCGUCUUCACGAAUGUCGUGUUUGGCCUUCCACAGAUCCUUUCCUCGUUCCUCAUGAUCAUUAUAUGUUGUUUCACUGAUUGCGCCGGCGCUAUCGUGUUGGCUUACGAGACUCCGGAAGCCGACGUUCUCGUCCGACCUCCCCGGGACCCAAGAAAGGCCCACCUCGUCAACUGGCAGCUCAUGUUUCACGCAUAUGCCUUUAUUGGAUUGAUUGAGAGUGUUUGCUCAUUCACCAUGUCUUAUUGGUAUCUCGAGAGAAAGGGGAUCCAAUUUUCAGAUCUCUGGUUCAAAUUCGGCGAGCUUCCUUCCGGCAUGGACCGGGAGUUUUACAAUGCUCGAUUGAACGAAGCCAGCUCGAUCUAUUUUAUGAACUUGGUAGUCAUGUAA